UCAACAUACUACUACCUACUUUGCCAAACCAGGUGCAACAAUUUUGAGUUCUCGAAGAACCUAGACUAACACUGUAAAGCAGAUGGAUAGCAUUUUGGAGGCAACCUCUUUCAGUAUUCCAGAAUGCAUUUUGGCCUCCAGUGGCCACCGAAUGCCUCUUUUGGGCUUUGGCACUGCAGCUUCUCCACCUGUAGGACCAGAAGUUACGGAAACGGCGAUUCUCCAAGCGAUUGAACUUGGCUAUAGGCACUUUGAUACAGCAACUUUGUACAGGACUGAGCAGCCACUAGGUGAAGCAAUCAUAGAAGCAAUUUCGCUUGGGUUAAUUAAAUCUAGAGAUGAGCUCUUCAUCACUUCCAAGCUGUGGUGCAGUGAUGCCCAUGGGGAACUUGUUCUUCCUGCCCUUCACAGGAGCUUACAAAAUCUGAGGCUGGAGUACCUUGAUCCCUAUCUCAUUCAUUGGCCAGUAAGCUCAAAACCAGGGAUUUAUGAAUUCCCCAUAAAGCAGGAAGAUUUCCUCCCAAUGGAUUUCAAUGCGGUAUGGAAAGCCAUGGAACAUUGUCAAAGGCUUGGCCUCACCAAGUCUAUUGGUGUUAGCAAUUUUUCCUGCAAAAAGUUGGCUGACAUCCUGGCCAUUGCUAAGAUCCCUCCUGCUGUUAAUCAGGUGGAAUUGAACCCACUGUGGCAACAAAAGAAGCUUCGAGAGUUUUGCAAGGCAAAUGGUAUCCUCUUGACAGCCUACGCUCCACUGGGAGCCCAAGGUACCAUUUGGGGCAGCAACAGAGUUCUGGAGUGUGAAUUGCUCAAUGAAAUCGCCAAGGAAAAAGGGAUGGCCGUUGCUCAGAUUUGUCUGAGAUGGGCCUAUGAGCAAGGGAUCAGUGUAUUGGUAAAGAGUUUCAACGAGGACAGGAUGAAAAGCAACUUGGAGAUAUUUAACUGGUCAUUGAGACAAGACGAGGUGAAAAAAAAGAUCAAUGAGAUCCCACAAAGCAGAAUUUGCAGCGGAGAAGAUUAUAUCUCCAAAUAUGGGCCUUUCAAGACUACUGAGGAUCUUUGGAAUGGAGAAAUUUGAUUAAUUUAAUCAUAAAUAUUUUUAACUGAUGGUGAAUAAUCCACUAGGAGAUUCUUUGUACUAUCCAAUAAUCACAUUGCUAACAGCAUCCAUGGUUUUCUAAUGCUCAACCACAUGAAUAUUUAAAUAGUUUAUAGCAUAUACAUUCAUAAAAAUCAAAUGGUUUAUUGCAUUCUAUAAGAAUUUUUACGAGACAAAAUUGUGAUGCUUAAUGGGUCAAAGCAGGUUGGUAUGGACCUUGGCAUAGGGCAUGGCCUUAAACUUCUAAAUACACUCUUCAUUGUGUUGCUUGAUCUGAGUUAUUCUAGGAUUGGCCCUCAAAGGUGUGGAUCCCUGCCUGUCUCCUCUACAUCCUAGAUAUCGUGUGCUUGCAGGUAAGUCCUCAUCUUUAACACCCACAUGUGAUGAUUUUCUCCUAAAAAAUUGGAGGUGAGGAGAAAAUUUGUAAAAG